UGGGAUGGGGGUAUAAAAGGCCCAGGAGGGAAGGAGAUUGUCAGACUCAGUGGCUUGGCCUUUCCAGCUGCUCUCAACCUUCUGUGCAACCUCAGCCUAACACCAUGACUUCCUGCUACAUCAGCUCAUCCCAGUGUCCGGGCAGCACCAGGUUGCCUGCCCCAACAAGUGUCUAUGGCCCCUCCAUGGACCUUGUGACCCAGCCUGGGGCAGAGGCCAGGGCUGCCUCCCUGUGCCUGUCAGCCACCGUGGCACAUGCCAACCGACCACGUGUGGGGGCAACCCCUCUGGGCAAACCCAGCCUGUGUAUGCCCUUCAGCUGCCGCACUGCUUGCCCCUUGCCAGGGACCUGCAACAUUCCUGGCAACAUUGGAGUCUGUGAGAACUAUGCGGAAGGCGCCCCGAAUGGCCACGAGAAGGUAACCAUGCAGUUCUUGAAUGACCGUCUGGCCAACUACCUGGAGAAGGUGCGCCAGCUGGAGCGGGACAAUGAGGAGCUGGAGACCAAGAUCCGAGAGUCGAGCAAAUGCCAUGAGUCUACCAUGUGUCCAGACUACCAGUCCUAUUUCCAGACUAUUGAGGAGCUCCAGCAGAAGAUCCUGUGCAGCAAGGCUGAGAAUACCAGGCUGAUUAUCCAAGUUGACAAUGCCAAGCUGGCAGCUGAUGACUUCAGAAUCAAGCAUGAGAGUGAGCUCUCCCUACGCCAAAUGGUGGAGGCAGACAUGUGUGGGAUGCACAAGCUCAUGGAUGACCUGAGCCUGGCCAAAGCUGACCUGGAGGCCCAGCAGGAGUCCCUGAAGGAAGAGCUCCUCUGCCUCAAGAAGAACCACGAACAGGAAGUGAGCAUUCUGAGGAGCCAGCUUGGGGACAAGCUCCAGAUUAAGCUGGACGUGGAGCCCACUGUGGACAUGAGCAGGGUGCUUCAGGAGAUGCGGUGCCACUAUGAGGCCAUGGUGCAGACCAACCACAAUGAUCUGGAAGAGUGGUUCCAAGAUCAGUCUGAAAGCAUCAGCAAGCAGGACAUGUCGUGCUCCGAGGAGCUGCGGUGCUGCCAGUCAGAGAUCCUGGAGCUGAGACGCACGGUGAACGCCCUGGAGGUGGAGCUUCAGGCCCAGCACAGCCUGAAAGACUGUCUGCAGAACUCCCUGUGUGAAGCUGACGCCCGCUUUGGCACCGAGCUGGCCCAGAUGCAGGUGCUGAUCAGUAACGUGGAGGAGCAGCUGUCUGAGAUCCGGGGUGACCUGGAGCGGCAGAAUCAGGAGUACCAGGUGCUGCUGGACGUCAAGGCCCGGCUGGAGUGCGAGAUUGCCACGUAUCGGAAACUUCUGGAGAGCGAGGAUUGCAAACUCCCUUGCAAUCCAUGCUCCACCUCUGCCUCCUGUGUGACUACCCCCUGCGCACCUCGUCCAAGCUGCACACCCUGCAACACUUGUGUGCCUGGGCCAGCCUGUGGAACCAGCACUGGGAGCCGGUUCUGA